ACUUAAGAGGAACAGAGGGAGUGUGAAUCUGAGAAGCAGACAACUCAGAGGAGAAAACAGACAAGGACGGGUACUGGAUAUUGCUCCUGUGAAAUGCUCUUUCAGUGAGGACGUGGUGGAUCAGACAAACUUUCAUUUCUGGAAUUCACAAAACAAAAUUUAAGAGGAAGUUUUUGGAGAGUUUGGUGACUAUAGACAAAACACUGAAAGCCUUUAUCAGAUCCCGGGCUGCCUUUAAGAGCUCAAAAAUAUAAAUACGAGGAACUUCAGAGCUGGAAAUGGGAGCAGUGUGGUGGUGGCUGUGUUUUUGUGUCUUGGGGAUUCUUGCUGUUCCAUGUCAGGGCAUCAGACCAGAAGAGAUUACAAUUGAUGUGAUCCUGCUCGACGACGAAGCGUCUCCCUGGAGUCUGAAGUUUGUGAAAGGAGAAAUAGAGAAGGCCAUGGAGACUGUUAACACCAUCAAUACUUCAGUUGGGCCAUUAAAUUUCAAGCCUAACUUUGAAGGGUUCAACACAACCUUUUAUCGAAACAGAGGCUGUCGGAGUAGCGUGUGUGAGGGAGUGGCCAAGCUUAAAAUCCUGUUGGAUUCACAGAAACUUGGAUGUUCUGUGCUUGGACCCACUUGCACCUAUGCUACUUUCCAUAUAGUUGAUGCGGACCAAGGUCUGAAGCACAGUACACCCAUCCUCUCAGCGGGAAGCUUUGGCCUCUCUUGCGACAACACACUCAACCUGCAGCGCCUCUUGCCACCGGCUCGCAAGAUCUCUGACUUUUUCAUCAGCUUCUGGGAAGUCAACAACAAGAUCAAACCUCCGUGGAAGACGGCCUAUAUUUACAAGAAACAGGGCUACAAUGAGGAUUGCUUUUGGUAUAUAAAUGCUCUGGAUGCAGGCAGGUUUCCUCUAUAUGUUCAGAGCAAGGUGCUAUGGAAAUUAGACGAGCUGAAAAAGGUACUUACAUCAUCCAACAGGACAAGCAACCUGUUCAUCGUCUGUGGAUCACCAAUGGACAUAUUGGAGAUGAAAAAUGGCAUCAAAGAGGCCGACAACAGUGAUAUUCUCUUCAUCCUUAUUGAUCUUUUCAACGAUAGAUACUACACCAACACAUCGUCACUGCCAUUCAUGAAGAACGUGUUGGUGGCGACUAUGCCCAACACCAGAAAAUACACAAUCAACACAGACCUUGAAAACAACAACACGAUGAAUGAUUACAUGGCUGCGUACCACGAUGCGGUACUGCUGGUAGGCAAAGUGAUGAAGGACAUUAUUGCAAAAAAUCAGUCGGAGAUGCAGCAGAUGGAGUACAUCAGUGUGAAUUACUUCAGAAACAUCUCCUUUGAUGGAAUUGCUGGAACCUACAAGUUGGACAAGCAUGGAGACAGAGACGUGAAUCUCACAAUCAUUUACACCACUACUGACAACCAGUACCGAACUUUGUUCACAUUCGACACCGAGUACAACAACACCAACUUGAUUGAGACGAACCCGUCCUUCAUCUGGGGAAAAAGACUUCCUAAUUUCAGACCAGACAGUGGCCCUGCAGCUCAUGACAUCCUUGUCAUCGUGUUGGCUGUUACAGUGGUCGUGGUGGCCACCAUUGCCUUCAUUUUCUACAGACAGAACAGGAGAGACCGCCUGUUCAGGAAGCGCUGGUCCCACAUCGCCUCUGAUCUCAUCACACUGCUGGAGAACAAUGAACUCAAUGUCAUCUCCCUUAAGAUUGAAGACGAGAGGAAAAACAUGGAUUUCAAGAUCCGCCGUGCAUUGUAUGAUAAGAAGGUUGUGAUUCUGAAGGAGCUGAAGCACUCAGAUGGGAACUUCGAUGAGACCCAGAGGAUAGAACUUAAUGCACUCCAGCAAAUCGACUAUUACAACCUCACUAAGUUUUAUGGCACAGUGAAGUUUGAUGCGGGUGUGUUCGGAGUGUUUGAGUAUGGAGAGAGGGGGUCGCUCAGGUAUGUGCUGAAUGACAAGAUUUCAUACCCAGAGGAGACCUUCAUGGACUGGGAGUUCAAGAUCUCCGUCAUGUACGACAUCGCCAAGGGCAUGUCCUACCUCCAUGCCAGUGAAAUCCAGGUGCAUGGACGCCUCAAGUCCACCAACUGUGUGGUGGACAACCGCAUGGUGGUGAAGAUCACAGACUUUGGCUGCAACACCUUUCUUAGCCCCGGCAGAGACUUGUGGACUGCUCCAGAGCACCUGAGGAAACAGGGCACCUCUCAGAAAGGAGAUGUCUACAGCUUUGCCAUCAUUGCUCAGGAGAUUGUUCUCAGAAAGAACACCUUCUACACCAAGUGCUGCUCCAACCGAGCAGAAAAACUGUCAAAGGUCAUCAUGUCCUACUUCAGACCUGAUCUUAACUUUGAGACAGCUUCAGAGAAAGAAUUAGAGGUGUACAUGUUGAUAAAAAGCUGUUGGGAUGAGGAUCCAGAAAAAAGACCCGAUUUUAGGAAGGUAGAAAACUGUCUGGGGAAAAUCAUCAGUAAAAUUCAUAACCAGGACAAUGAGAGCUACAUGGAUAACAUGAUCAGACGGCUGCAGAUGUAUUCCAGGAACCUGGAGUACCUGGUGGAGGAGAGAACGGUCCUCUACAAAGCUGAGAGGGACAGGGCUGACUGCCUCAACUUCAUGCUGCUUCCUGGCCCGGUGGUGAAGAGCCUGAAGGAGACCGGCGUAGUGGAACCAGAACUGUACGAUGAAGUGACAAUAUAUUUCAGUGACAUAGUCGGUUUCACCACUCUGUGCCAGUACAGCACACCGAUGGAAGUCGUAGACAUGCUCAACGACAUCUACAAGGGAUUUGACAGUAUCGUUGACCACCACGAUGUAUACAAGGUGGAGACGAUUGGUGAUGCCUACAUGGUGGCCUCCGGGCUUCCGAAGCGAAAUGGGAACAGGCACGCGGUGGAUAUCUGUCGCAUGGCGCUUGACAUCUUGGCCUUCAUGGGUACCUUCCAGCUCCGACACCUGCCUGGUAUCCCUGUGUGGAUACGCAUUGGCGUGCACUCAGGUUCCUGUGCAGCAGGUGUUGUGGGGAUAAAGAUGCCCAGAUAUUGUUUAUUUGGAGACACAGUCAACACGGCAUCUCGCAUGGAGUCUACAGGACACCCCCUGCGGAUCCACGUCAGUCAGCCCACUAUAUAUAUCCUUCAGAGGACAGACUGCAAGUUUGAGUAUGAGAUGAGAGGAGAAACGUAUCUGAAGGGUAAAGGCACAGAGACAACCUACUGGUUGACAGGUGAGACGGGCAAAGACUACGACCUCCCAACUCCUCCCACAACGGAGAACUUCCAGCGGCUGCAGCAGGACCUCGCCCACAUGAUCCUUGCCUGCCUGGAGCGCCGCUCUCGCCGCUCGGUCCGGAGGAAGAGGCCGCUCUCGAGUCAGAGCAAGGAGGACCACAACGACCAAGAAUCAGAGGUGGAGUCUGAGAGCGGCCAUCCUGAGUACCUGCAUCUCGCCACAGUGGAUAACACCCUCAGUACCUUCCUGUAGUACAGACCUACUGUUGAGUACAUCCCCGUCACAAAUUGACUGAUUACAUUGUUCUGUAAGAGAAAGCAGGUAGAUGCAGUUGAAUACUACAAAUUACGAAACACUUAAUACAAAAUAAGAGCCUUCUUUAAGAGCUCAAAGUCUCAGUUAGGAAUGAAUAAGAUGGUCAAGGAUGGGGAAGGUGAUUGUCCAAUCUUUUUCAUUUCUGAUAUGCAGCUGACAUCAUUUUCUUCCUUGUUCUUUCUCUUUGUGCCCUAUUGAAUCCAUUGAAGUGCAACAGCAAGAAACGAUAAGAAGACAACAGGGCCACGACCUGUUUGUGUUAAAUUGAUCAUUGAUUGUUUAACUAUGUACUUUAUACACUGCUUGGUCUAAAACUGGGCCAUCACCAUGAGAGGCAAGAUAUUACCAUUAUUCCCAGUGGUUAUAUCUUUCACAUUUGUGGAAGGAAAUUGUGGGUACAUCUGUUGAUUCAGGAAGCAGGACAAUGAAGGAAUGAAUUAGUAGCAUAAAAAUAGAUCAAGCGAAUUAUUCCUACUUACAUAAGAAUAACUUUUAAGAGCACUUCUCUUAUUACAUGAUUAAUCACAUCUUUGCUUUGGGCAGAAGCCAAUCACACACACAAGGAUUUAACCUUUAUCUGCCAUAUUAUUUAAUCUUUAAAAACAUGCUUUUUUUGUUCUGUGAUGUUAUUUAGCAAAAACAUUUUUUAUUUAAGUUUAUUUUCUUUGUGUGAAAUCCCCCAAUAUGUCCAGUGUUUUCCCAGCAAUUCUCAUGUGAAGUAAACAAUCUAAAAAAGACAUAAUUUAGUACAAUCACUCCAAAACAGAUGUGAGCUAGUCUCUGUCACAGGAUCUUAAACCACCUUAAGACACUUUGGGGGUCUGUUAAAUUUCAGAGCAUUUUUUUUUUUAGUAACUUGAUAAAUAGCAAAAAGCUUGUAAGUAGCAGUAAAGGUGAAGGAUUUUUACUUCAUCAAUUUGAUAAACGCAGGGCCUGUUUGUGUAUAUGUACUUUUAUUCUUGUACUGGUUAGUUUAUUUGCAUUUAUGUUGUUUUUACCCAAAUGUCACAUCUGGAGACAGCUGCAUUUUACUCCAAUUGCAUCUCUAAUGUAGCUCUGGCUGUACAUUUCAACCACUGAGAUUAAGAUGAAAUGGUUUAGGAGGUAUCCACUGCACUGGCUGUGACUGUUGACUGUUUAACUGGCUUUGUUAUUUCAGAGGUAACACCAGUGUAGAUACGUGUGGACUCAUGAUAUCAUUGUUGUAACAUACAUCCGCCUCAAAAAAAACAAGACUGUCAAAUCAGUAUUUUAAACCAAAGGACAAAGAUUUAUUUUUGCUGAGAAUGGUGACAUUCAUUUACAUUAAAUAAAAAAAAAAAAACACAAUUCACCUUCUGUCACAUUGUGGAAAAUGUUGUAUGUUGUUCAGGUCCUGAUGAAUACAGUUCAAUAAAAUCAAAACACAGAGCGUUUC